UUACAAAACGUCAGCCGGCUCUCUCCAAGAGUGAGUGGCAAAAGAAGCUGACACCAGAGCAGUUCCAUGUCACGAGAGAAAAAGGGACGGAGCCGUCCCAUGGACUGUAGCCUACCAGGCUCCUCUGUCAUGGGAUUCUCCAGGCAAGAAUACUGGAGCAGGUUGCCACUUCCUCCUCCAUGGGAUCUUCCUGAUACAGGAUUUGAACCCACAUCUCCUGCAUUGGCAGAUGGAUUCUUUACCACUGAGCUACCAGGAUGUCACAGACAAGGAGGCUUAAACAACAGACAUUUGUUGCUCACAGUUCUGGAGGCUGAGAAGUCCAAGAUCAAGCCUUUCAGUGGGAUCUACCUGAAUAACAAGGAACCAGGGAUGUAUCACUGUGUCUGUUGUGACAGCCCACUCUUCAGCUCUGAGAAGAAGUUCUGCUCCGGCACGGGAUGGCCUUCGUUCUCCGAGGCUCACGGGACGUCUGGCUCUGAUGAGAGUAACACGGGGAUCCUGAGACGUGCAGACACCUCACUGGGACUGGCUCGCACAGAGGUCGUCUGUAAGCAGUGCGAAGCUCACCUCGGCCAUGUGUUCCCCGAUGGACCUGGGCCUUCUGGGCAGAGGUUCUGCAUCAACAGCGUGGCGCUCAGGUUCAAGCCAAGGAAACACUGACCACCUCCAAGAGUCCCCUUCCCUCCAUCGCCACUUCCUCACUUCCAAAUUCAAUUCGCAGAACUUAUGUGAAUGACUUUUUGUGACCCCAUGAGGUGUAGCCCGCCAGCCUCCCUGUCCAUGGAAUUCUCCAGGUAAGAAUACUGGAGUGGGUAGCCAUUCCCUUCUCCAGAUCUUCCCGACCCAGGGAUCAAACCCAGAUCUCCCGCAUUGGAGGCAGAUCCUUUACUGUCUGAGCCACCACGGAAGCCUGAUGUGAACGACUACCCGUUGUGAAUGGUAGUUUCAUUAACUACCACACCAAGGCUAAGUUCGCUGCUGGCAACACACAAACCACACCUCUAAUUUACUACCUGGAGUCAACUCAGCCCUGGCUCUGGCUUUGACUAGAACUUCACAAAAUGACAGAGGGACAACUAUUUCCAUUAAAUCGACUUCUGUGGGCUUUGUCUGGACCGGAGGACAUGACUCUCUAGGGAUGCUUGGAGGCAGAUGGAUAAACCAAAAAAAAAUUCCUACAGAAUGACCCUGAACUUUCCAUCGCAGUUAAGUUCUUCCCAGACAUAUACAUGUGAGAGAUCAAGUGAAAAGAGGAAGGAAAAUAUGGCAUUAGAGUCCUCCACAGUUCCAGCAUGGAAGGAGGCAUUGAGGAAAAGGAGGAGGAGGGUUGUGGACAAGGUGGGUUUCAGGAGCAUGCCUGGAGAUCCAUGGGAUGCGUGAUUUUUUUCUCCAAAACGUUAAUAAACUGUCCUGAACAUUCUAGUUCCAACCUCUCUACCUGCAACUAAAUUUGAAGGGGAAUCUGCUAGAUUUCAGUGAUAAUGAGUACAAGUGGUUACAAAGUUAAACUUUAAAAUCUCCAAAUAAAAUAUUUACUAAAAUUU